AUGCCCAAUCAUCCGAAGCUCAUACAAGGCGCUGGACAAGUGGCAGCAGCCACUCCAAAGUUCAACGUCUACCUACUGGAACUCACCAACGGUCCUGGGGACUCGGAUAAGCUGGAAGUGAACCUCUUUGCAAUCAAGAAAUGGGCAUCAAAGCCUUCAAACACGAGUGCGCUGUUGUGGUUGUGGGCGCGAUACCUCUAUGUGAUUGAACAGAAGAAUCCCUGCAAAGAGGAGGAUUUCGCGACAACACCAUUCCCAGAGGAAAAGAAAGAAGACCUGUGGAAAACUAUGGACCUUGAUAAUGGCCAACAGCUGAAAUCCGAGUGUGUUAGACUCGCUAACAGUCUAAAAAACCGCGGGGAUAUCGUGCAAUCUCGAAAACACGAGGGUCUCUUCAUUCAAACGAAACCUAAUGGUUAUGGACGUCGUUUCCAAGUUGUAGGGGGCAUAAUGGCACCUUCUGGCAUGAGUUACGACAACCCGAAAAAUGACUACCUCCCUCAGGAUUCAAGAGAUUUCGGGGGUUUGAAAUAUGUAGGAUACAUUGAUCCUAGCAAAUAUGACGACGUGGACAAGAUGUUGGAAACGGUGGACGGGUGUUUGAAAAAGGUGCAUGCACCAAAAGUACAGCAGGCCAUCAACUGGGGAUCAGCGAAGAAGCCGAUUGAUGCCACCAAAAGCAAAACUGCGUGGGUCCAGGAUUUGAAGGAGGGGACGACUGACCGUAAUGUUUGGAGACAUCAUAUACCCCUGAAGAUUGAAAAGUGUAAUGAAUGGACAGAGAAGGCGAUCAACAAGUUGGCAGAUGACGGAAUAUUAACCUUGAAAUCCAAGGGUGAUUCCUGA